GAAAAAACAUUUAUUAAAAAAUAACUUGCGGGGAGGGAGUUGGAAGAGGAUAUUAGAGAAGGGAGGUACCCUCCAGAAUAAGAUUGUUGCACUGUCGGUGGGCUGUGGGGAAGAACGCAUGACUUGAUAAAUAAAGCAAGCGGUGUCAAGGGCACUUGCUCAAGAGGAGUUUGUGAAGCAAGCUCGGCGGCGGGAGGAGGCUACGCCAAACAGAGAUGGAAGAGUGACUGGCAGAGUCUGACGAAGGCUGGGAUCUGAAUUUUUAUAAAAUCUGUAGUGCAGGCAGCCAACCACUUUCCCCUUUCGUUAGGAAUGGGGAGAAGAGGGGAAAUAACGUUGACUCAACGCCUGCUGUAGGUCAGGCAUGGUUACAAGCCGUUUCCCAUCACUGUUUCAAUUUUAAUUAAAGCAACUCAUGGAAUUAGGUGUGCUGGCCGGUUUUCAGACAGGGAACCCGAGAGGUGAAGAGUCAGGAUUGGAACCUCGUUCUGCCCGGUUAUAAAUACUUUAGGAUUCUACACUGUCCUGCCUAGCGCAAUUUAUAGUGGAAAUAUUGCCUUCACGAAAUUCCUUAUUUAUUCAUACGGUGAGAAACCCUCAGUUCUCGGGGGUGGGGGAAGAACAGCAUAAAGAGACCAGGCAGGCAGGCGACCUGCUUUUCUCUACUCCCCACACCCCUCCCCCCCAACAAAUGUAAUGCUUUCAUUAAAAAGACAUCAAGUCCUUUUUCUUUAUUUUUUUGGUCCCUUUUCUGUGAUGAAGCAAAACACCUAAACAACUCAGACAUUGGCAGCCUGACUUCCAAAGACUUCCAAAGUUAAACUCUGUGCCCUUAAACCAGUCUAAUGACAAAUGUACAUAAACUCUUUGCAGAAAUGUGGAGUGUGGGAACCACUGAUUCAGGGAUUACUCUAUUAUAUAUCUUAUAUUAUAUAAUAGAUAUAUAUAUCUAUUAUAUAUAUAUAUAUAUAUAUUCUCAUUUAAUCCUCCAACAGUCCGGGGAGAUUUUAACACCAUUUUGUGGAUAAAGAAACUGAGGCAUGGAGAACUUAAAUAUCUUGCUUGAGACUACACAGCUGAUAAGAGGUAGAACGGAUUAAAAUCAAGGACGCUGCCUAGUAAGUUUGUCCUCUUAAGCCACCACAUUGCAGGCUCCUUUUAGAAAAGGUGCAAUCACACUAAGACUCACUGUCAACCUGCUCAGUAUCAUAUGCCAGGAUCUUUUUGCUUGCAGAUGGUGGAUAUUAUGAAACAUUCAAGGAGAUGCUGGACAAUCAGUGUGGUACAGGUUAAAAAGCAAAAGGUUAAACCAGUUUCCCCAGUGUCUUUCUCAGAACACCUUUUCCAUGACUACACUCAACCAACCAACCAGCCAGCCAACCAACCAAAACCAGAGUAGUGGUUCCAAAAUUAAAUGGAAAAGUACUGAAAACCUCCAUCUCCCCACCCCCCCCCCCAUUGCCAUAUGCCUAUUACACAUUUUGGGUUCCAAGUAGUACGGAUAUAACGGAUUCCACUUUGCUUUAACCAAGAGUUUCCCAGGGACCAAUGUAUGGCUACUCCCUUUAAAGCGUAUUAACCUAAUGAGGCGUGCAGAGCGCACCUUGGGGAACACCAGGGCUAGUCUGAGGCAUGUCCAGCCAGCUCCGUGGUCUUCCCUGUGACUAUGAACAUGAACCUGGUUGGAUUCGUGUUUGAGCCUUCCACAGCUAAUGGGAAUUGGGUCUUUGCAUGGGGCAUGUCACCAUUUGCCAGUCUAUGACAAGCUGAGUCUGACCAAGUUGCCAUGUGAGCAAACACACUUCAAACAAGCUGAUUCAUGAACCCAAGGUUCAGUCACAUUGUGAGAGGAACCAUCUGACAAGAGAAUUUGUUUUGAAAUUAUCCAUCUUUCUCUGAGAAAGGGUAAGGUUCUUUUCCCUUGCUCUUGAUAUUUGAUAUCUUCAUUUCUACAACACUUAUAGAUAGAAGCACCCAAUCUUUGUGGUAAGCAAAUUCAUUAAAUUCCUACAAGCGAUUCUUUCUAGGAUGAAUGUUAAAUCUAGAGUGGGGCUGUGAAGAGACCUACGACAUUGUAACUUUGACACGUUGAGAAAAAACACACUAGGAAAUGAAACUGAAAAUAUCACCUUUCCCUGUAUUCCACUGAUUAUUCGAAAUAAUUACCUCCUAAAAUGGAAUCAUAGCCUUUUAGACCUGGAAAGGACUUUGUAAAUCUAGUCCAAACCCUUCCUUCAUAGAUGAGGUUGAAAGCUUGAAAAGGUUGGGUAACAAACAGGUCCAUGCAGCUUGUCUGUGGGACAGCUGGACUGGAACUCAGCUCUGACUCUCUGUCCAGUGCUCCUUCUCUUAAACUCUUCUCCCGACAUUCCACUGUCGCUUUAAGGAGUUGCUUUCUUGAUUAUUCACUGUAGUGCAAGAGCUUGCUUCAUUUGCUGGUCUUUUGCGUUGGAGGGGAAGGCAAGUCCUAUGUAUACUGUAUGCCCCUUGGUUCUCCGGCUCUCUUGAUAGCCCUCCACCUUGACCUUUUUUCCUACACUCUGCCCCUAACUGGCUCUCCCCCUCCCCUUCAAACACUGUUACCUUUGGAAAUAUGUGUGUGCACUUUGCAACCUGGCUGGGAUCUGGGGCAAGGUGACUCUUGGUUUAAUGGAUUUUUUUCCCACAGUGCCCGAAUUGGUCCAAGGGUAUGGAAGGUCGGACAACGGACAGUAAACUGCCAUCCUCUGCCCUUUCAGCAAGUCUCUGUUCUGUUAAUAUAACACGAAUUAAAAAAUAAGCAAGAGGAAAAGGCAGAAACUCCACUUGAAGUACUCGCCUAACCCCUGGAAAAGUUCAAGGCUGUUUGUUGUUCAUUGUCUGAAUUUUCCCCUUGUGAAUCACUUGUAUGUAUUCCGCAAAUCAUCUUUAGACGUCUGAUCAAGGAAGCGUCAGAGCAAAAUACAAAGUUGAGUAUUUGCAUUGAAGUCUGUGUCCUGGCUCCUAGGAGUCGGUUGAGAAUGGGCUUUUUUUUUUUCUCCUUUCCUUUGGUGCUGCUGGGUGAUUAGAGUGGGAGCCUCCUCCUAUGCAGGAGGCCCUCCUUGCUGCAGGGGCUGCUGCGCACAAGAGCUCACCCCUUCCUAUUUCGCAUUCCUCAGUAGCGGUCCUGUGAGGCGCAGGCCUGUAUUUUCCAUUCUAGUACUUACCCGCAGGUCCCGCUAAGUACCCAGGAGGGCCGUAUUUUUUUUUUUUUUUUUUAUCAGAGAUGGAAAUGGAACCUCCCCCCUGGGUGCCCGGGGUGUCCCUUUGGGGUAGCGCCCCCCCUUCCGGAGGGCAGCAUCCCGCCGGGGGUGGGGGCUCAGCUUUGAUCCCAGGGCACCUUUUGUCCCUAGAGGCGCCCUCUGCCAGCCAGUAGAAAUGAUGGAAGAAUUGCAUAGCCUGGACCCUCGACGGCAGGAAUUAUUAGAGGCCAGGUUUACAGGAGUUGGUGUUAGUAAGGGGCCACUCAAUAGUGAGUCUUCCAACCAGAGCUUGUGCAGCGUGGGGUCCUUGAGUGAUAAAGAAGUAGAGACUCCUGAGAAAAAACAGAAUGACCAGCGAAACCGGAAAAGAAAAGCUGAACCAUAUGAAACUAGCCAAGGGAAAGGCACUCCUAGGGGACAUAAAAUUAGUGAUUACUUUGAGUUUGCUGGGGGAAGCGGGCCAGGAACCAGCCCUGGCAGAAGUGUUCCACCAGUUGCACGAUCCUCACCGCAACAUUCCUUAUCCAAUCCCUUACCGCGGCGAGUAGAACAGCCCCUGUACGGCUUAGAUGGAGCUGCAAAGGAGGUGCCGGAGGAGCAGUCGGCGCUGCCCACCCUCAUGUCAGUGAUGCUGGCAAAACCUCGGCUCGACACCGAGCAGUUGGCUCAGAGGGGCGCUGGCCUCUGCUUCACGUUUGUUUCAGCUCAGCAAAACAGUCCCUCCUCUACGGGAUCUGGCAACACAGAGCAUUCCAGCAGCUCCCAAAAACAGAUCUCCAUCCAGCACAGACAGACCCAGUCUGACCUCACAAUAGAAAAAAUAUCUGCACUAGAAAACAGUAAGAAUUCUGACUUAGAAAAGAAGGAGGGAAGAAUAGAUGAUUUGUUAAGAGCCAACUGUGAUUUGAGGCGGCAGAUUGAUGAGCAGCAAAAGAUGCUAGAAAAGUACAAAGAACGAUUAAAUCGAUGUGUGACAAUGAGCAAGAAACUCCUUAUAGAAAAGUCAAAACAAGAGAAGAUGGCGUGUAGAGAUAAGAGCAUGCAAGACCGCUUGAGACUGGGCCACUUUACCACCGUUCGACAUGGGGCCUCUUUUACUGAACAAUGGACAGAUGGUUAUGCUUUCCAGAACCUUAUCAAGCAGCAGGAAAGGAUAAAUUCACAGAGGGAAGAGAUAGAAAGACAACGGAAAAUGUUAGCGAAACGGAAACCUCCUGCCAUGGGACAGGCCCCUCCAGCAACCAAUGAGCAGAAACAGAGGAAAAGCAAGACCAACGGAGCUGAAAAUGAAACGUUAACAUUAGCAGAAUACCAUGAACAAGAAGAAAUCUUCAAACUUAGAUUAGGUCAUCUUAAAAAGGAAGAAGCAGAGAUCCAGGCAGAGCUGGAAAGGCUAGAAAGGGUUAGAAAUCUACAUAUCAGGGAACUAAAAAGGAUACAUAAUGAAGAUAAUUCACAAUUUAAAGAUCAUCCAACGCUAAAUGACAGAUAUUUGUUGUUACAUCUUUUGGGUAGAGGAGGUUUCAGUGAAGUUUACAAGGCAUUUGAUCUAACAGAACAAAGAUAUGUAGCUGUGAAAAUUCACCAGUUAAAUAAAAACUGGAGAGAUGAGAAAAAGGAGAAUUACCACAAGCAUGCAUGUAGGGAAUACCGGAUUCACAAAGAACUGGAUCAUCCCAGGAUAGUUAAGCUGUAUGAUUACUUUUCACUGGACACUGACUCGUUUUGUACAGUAUUAGAAUACUGUGAGGGAAAUGAUCUGGACUUCUACCUGAAACAGCACAAAUUAAUGUCGGAGAAAGAGGCCCGAUCCAUUAUCAUGCAGAUUGUGAAUGCUUUAAAGUACUUAAAUGAAAUAAAACCUCCCAUCAUACACUAUGACCUCAAACCAGGUAAUAUUCUUUUAGUAAAUGGUACAGCAUGUGGAGAGAUAAAAAUCACAGAUUUUGGUCUUUCCAAGAUCAUGGAUGAUGAUAGCUACAAUUCCGUGGAUGGCAUGGAGCUAACGUCACAAGGUGCUGGUACUUACUGGUAUUUACCACCAGAGUGUUUUGUGGUUGGGAAAGAGCCACCAAAGAUCUCAAAUAAAGUUGAUGUCUGGUCAGUGGGUGUGAUCUUCUACCAGUGUCUUUAUGGAAGGAAGCCUUUUGGCCACAACCAGUCCCAGCAAGACAUUCUACAAGAAAAUACUAUUCUUAAAGCUACUGAAGUGCAGUUCCCGCCAAAGCCAGUGGUAACACCAGAAGCAAAGGCAUUUAUUCGACGAUGCUUAGCCUACCGAAAGGAGGACCGCAUUGAUGUCCAGCAGCUGGCCUGUGACCCCUACUUGCUGCCUCACAUCCGAAAGUCGGUCUCCACGAGUAGCCCUGCUGGAGCUGCUAUUGCAUCGACCUCGGGGGCGUCCAAUAACAGUUCUUCGAAUUGAGACCCACUCCUAGGCCGCGAACUGUUCAGCACACACAAAGUGGACAAAUGGCAUUCAGCAGCGGGUUUGGGACAUAGCGAAUCCGAAUGGAUCUCAUGAAACCUGUACCAGGUGCUUUUAUUUUCUUGCUUUUUUCCCAUCCAUAGAGCAUGACAGCAUCGAUUCUCAUUGAGGAGAAACCUUGGGCAGCUCUGGCCAGGCCUCGUAGGAAAAGGCCCCGCCCGAGGUUCCGGCGUCAACGGCCACUGCAUGUGGCUGCUCUGAGUGAGGAAAAAAUUAAAAAGAAAAACUGGUUCCAUGUACUGUGAACUUGAAAACAUGCAGACUCAGGGGGGGUCCCUGAUGCAGUGCUUCAGAUGAAGAAUGUGGACUUGAAAAUACAGACUGGGCUAGUCCAGUGUCUAUAUUUAAACUUGUUCUUUUCUUUUAAUAAAGUUUAGGUAACAUCUCCUGAAAAGCUUGUAGCACAAAGGCUCAGCUGGGGAUGGUGUUUGACUUCGGAGGAAAAAAGUUGCUAUUGCCCGUUAAAGGCACUAGAGUUAGUGUUUUAUCCCUAAAUAAUUUCAAUUUUUAAAAACAUGCAGCUUCCCUCCCUCCCCCUUUUUUAUUUUUGAAAGAAUACAUUUGGUCAUAAAGUGAAACCCGUAUUAGCAAGUACGUGGCAAUGUUCAUUCCAGUCAGAUGCAGCUUUCUCCUCCGUCUGGUCUCCUGUUUGCAAUCGCUUCCCUCAUCUCAGCAGGGAAGGUGUCAAGUGGGAGGACCGAGGUGUGUGGGGCUUUGCCGUCGGACAAAGAACGAGGUUAGAAGCCCGCAGCUUGGAGUCUCUAGGUUUUCAACUCUUUCUUCACAAUUUGAACACUUGACGGUUGUCCCUUUUAAUUUAUUUGAAGUGCUAUUUUUUUAAAUAAAGGUUCAUCUGUCCAUGCAGUCCUCUUGGAUUCUCUGAAUGCAGUAACUAUCCAAAAACUGUUCCAGAGGUAGGCAGAAAAUGGGCCGGGGAGCCAAAUGCUCUAGGGAUCGGGGGGUCCUCCCCGUGGUCUCUGUGUGCUUGCUAAACGGUGUACCUUUCUUGUAACCACGAUAUUAAAACUUGAUCAGCGCAUAAGCUUUGCUCUGUUAGAUCUUUUGGCAGGAAACAACCUCCAGCCCUCUACAUUUUGUGGGUGUGUGCUGGUGUGUGUCUGUGUGUGCAUGUGCACACACGCUUUGUCUAACUCACUUCAAUAGAUUGAUCAAGUGAAGUUAAAAAAAAAUCCCAGGGGGAUAGGUAUUUCGAAUAUGAACAUUCUUUUGGAACUCUUUUUUUUCCCCCCCUUACAUUUGGUUGUUUCUGAGAUGUGUGAUCAACUGAAGACGGAGCUGAAAUGGGAGAUGCGUGGCCCCACUGUGCCCUUGAAGCAGCAGAGCACUCGACAGUAGAGAGGGGAGGAGGCCAGAGCCUGAGCAUGUGGUAGCCAGCUUGGAAUGUUACUGACAUAUGUGGCAAGAGGGCUGAGCCAGAAAUAUUUAAAGAUGCAGCAUCCAGGCAUGUGUGUCCCCUGGGCAGGGGGAGGGAAGUCAGGAAGGCUAGAGAGCUCUCACAGAACUCAGAGUCUUUCUUUCACAUGUGAAACGUGUCACCGGGGACACUUGCUGGCACCUGUGUUGGUUUUGUGCCCCGCCCUGCUCCCCUCGGUGCCAGGUGCUCUUAGGGAAAGAUGGAGUUGGAUCCCAGUUGGAGAGACGAUGGUGGGGAGGUACCGUCUUGCGGAACUCUGAAUGGAAGGAAGUCAGCCCGGGAGCCCUCGGCGCGCCCAGCUUUCCAAGUUGUUACAGAUAAAUUUUUUCUUCCAGAUUUCCAUUUUAUCGCAGGUGUUUAUACACGUGUUAACACGUGACAUACGUGUGUAUGUAUGUGUGUGGUACCUUUUUCUAACCAUGACUUUCAGGCUAGUAAGCAGAGAGUCCCUAUGGGUCUCAAAGGUUGAGCGCCCUGGAAGGAUGGUGUGUGGCAUGCGUGAAGAGAUGGAGGAGUCGAGACUGACUCAGAGUAUUAAGUUCUAUUCCUUGUUUUCUCUCCUCAUUCAGUGAUCUUGCAAGACCUUCCCCCCCCCCAGCUUUUCUUUUUUUUAAGGUUGAAAGAAUGCUGCAUCUUUAAGCCUUCCCUCUAACUUCCUGCCUCCUCCCCCUGGGCUUGUAAGUGGAGCUGCAGGACUUUGUUGAUCUACCUUUUCUGCCCUCCUAAAGAAGGGAUGCCCUCUCUCCUUGCUUCCCUUGGGUCUAGGACCUCGUUGGAGCUGACUGGACUUAAGGCUUGAAUCUGGGCAAGGCCUCUUUCCACUACAUGGACUAGCCCCAGAGAACAUGCAGAAUGCUGACUUUUUCUAGAUUUUUAAGUAGCCAGUGAAAUCACUAAGUGGGUUUCUUCCAUGACAUAUUUUGUUAAUAUGGGUUUCACUUUUUCCAAGGAUAAUCCCUUAUUGCCACAAUUGAUUUACUUUAAACAAUGACAAAAAAUGUGUAUUAAUUUGUAAUUAAACCCAGCCAGACUGUUUUCGACUUUCCCAACUUGGGGU